GGGACGCUCUCGAGGCGACGUUCGCCGGGGAGGAUGCGGCGGACGGACCCAAGGAGAUGGAGGACCGUGAGGCGGCCCUCGGCGUGCACGCCUGCCUCGCGGCGGCACGGGGAGGGGCGAGCAGCCCUGCCGCGGGAGAAGGGGGUGCUUCGGCCCCGCCCUUCUCGUCCACGCUGCGCUGCGUGCUCCACGCGAGGCCCGCGGCGCCGCUCCUCCACCACCUCGAGGCGCUGCUGCUGCCACCCCCGCCGGCGCUCAAAGGCGGCGCGGCGACGGCGGGCGCUCACGACGGAGGACGCGACCUUCUAUCUGGAUGGAGCGGCGUCGCGGCAGAGCUCGCCGAGGUGACCGGGCUGCUGAGCGCCGCCGCCGCCGUCCGCGCGUCGCCGCUGUGGCCGGAGGGCGUGGUCGUCGAUGUGGACGACGGCCGCCUCUGGGUGUCCGCCAACCUCAGCUUCCGGCCCGGCCGCACGGUCGAGGGGGAGGUUGCGGCGUUCGGGGCGCUGCUCGGCGCCGAGAACUGACGACGCUAGGUGGUGGCUUCGCCGCUCUCGCUCUCGCCCGCAGCCAUUCCGCCCGCAAACGCCACAGCGGGAAGGAGUCUCUAUUGUCGCGCGUGAAGCAGUGAGCAGAAAUGUUGAGCGCAUGCACAUCAGACUCAGCCACAUGUCUGCCAGCGCAGCAACUACUCCUGGUACGGCGCGGCUACUGUAUGGCCCAUGUCCAUGUAUGGUGUGCUAGCACCUGUUGAUUAAUUAAUUAAAUAAAUAAAU